CCUCGCGACCGAUCGGAACUCCGCGACGCUGUCCCAAUACAAAGAACUACUUAGCACUGCAAAAAACCUGUGAUGUAUUGAUUAAUUCCCGUGUUACAACUACACAAAGUCGUGUGUCCGAAUAUAAUACAGAAACAAGUGAAUUGUGCACGAAAAAGUGAUAGUUUCGACGCGUUUCGUGCGAGCCACGUCGAAUCCCAUUUAUCGACGGCUAGAAUCUUGUGUGGAAACAUGGUGGACUCGGAGUGUCGAAAUUGAACGGAUUCGAUUUUUAUGUGUGGAUUGUGAACGUUUUACAAUGUUUUCUAUUAGAUUAUAGUGUUUGGUCGCUGGAAAUAUGGAUUGGUGUGCAAACCAACGUAGAUAAAGAGUGAAUUAACGCCUUUUGUGCUGAGGUGAACGCCGUGCUUCGAUCGGAUAUGCUAGUUGAAUAAAGGAGCCAGAAUGGUGUCUUGCGCUUACUUCGGCCUCCGGCAAACGCCCUGGACCCUCCUAGUCCUCAUUUUCUUCAUCGAAAGCGUGAUGGGAAAUUACGCAAAGUCUUUCUACAUACAUUGGAAUACCACAAAUAGUAUAUUCAGGAUAGACAAUACAGACCACGUAUUUGACCUCAACAAAGGUAACGCUCAGUUCGAAUACGACCAAGUGAAUAUAAUUUGUCCCGUGUACGCCCCGGGGACUUUUGAGGAGGACACAGAAAAGUACAUAAUUUAUAACGUUAGCAAGGAAGAGUACGAUACGUGUAGAAUAACGAAUCCUAAUCCAAGGAUCAUAGCUAUUUGUGAUAAACCGCACAAGUUGAUGUUCUUCACGAUCACGUUUAGACCGUUCACACCUCAGCCGGGCGGGCUGGAGUUCUUGCCCGGGAAAGACUACUAUUUCAUAUCGACGUCUAGCAAAGACGAUUUACACAGACGCAUCGGCGGUCGAUGCCUCAGUCACAACAUGAAACUCGUGUUUCGUGUUUGCUGCAAGCCCGAGGAGCAGUCGCCCGUCCCGCCUCCCCAGCCGACCCUGCCUCCUCCUCCGCCGCCCCCCACGACCACCACCACGACUACAACGACGACAUCAAUGAAACCAGUCACGAAAAAGACGCACAAAUAUGACAAGGCCCAGAACGAGGUGGUCAAAAGCGAAGAGCUGUCGUACUCAAGAGGAGCAGCUUUGGCGUCGUCCUUGGCUCUGGCCCUGGCUGCAGUCGCAGUGCUGGCCCCUCUGGCUCGGUGAACUUGCGCCAGGGCGGCGCGGCCCCCGCGUCCAGACCUCCUCGCCAAGCCUUGCCCAGCCCACAAUACUCAGACUCUCCAAUCAUUACACUUACGCCCCGAUACUCUAGUCUUUACGUGAAUCAGCGUAAGUGACUCAUUAGUGUUAAAAAAGAAACUGUGUUUUAGUGUAGUGGCAAGUGCCCCAAGGAUUGUGGAUUAUGACGGAUACUUGAAGGAUUUGUAAGUACUUAGUUGAUAGACUAAGGUCUGAUUGGUGCCGAUUGUUGCGUCGCAAAAUCUAAGUUCCAAAACAAGUUCCGAAAGUAACAAAUUUCUAGACCUUAAGGAACAUUGAGAGCCUAAUUUGACUAUUGUAAACUAUAAGUAUAUCAGGCCUAUUAAUAAUCGAACUAUUAUAUACAACUGGAGUACAUUUUCAUAGCAGAAUGACUGCAGACAUUGUAGUUACGUCGGUUAAAUAUUUACAUAUAAAGAAUGUUAACAUGUAUAAUGAUAAUUAUAAGUUUCUUAAACCAUUAGGAAUUAAAAACAUUUUUUAUAUUUUCAUUAAUAAUGGUUCUCCUUGAAUCAAAUACAGAUGGGGGAAAUUCUUAUCUAUAGGUAUAAAUGAAAAUACGUAGUUUCUUUAUUUAGUUCAAAAGACAUUUCUUUUAUUUCUCCCUACAGGUUUAUGUACUAUAAAUUAGAAUUUAUUUAUCUGUAUUAAAAGAAACGUCAGGACAAAGAGUGUCCAGAAAAACUGUGAUUUUUUGUUUUAUUUAGAAUGUAAUUUCUCUUUAUGCUUAUUAUGUGAUAUAACUUUAUGUAUUUAAAAAAAGUAAAGCAUUUUUUUUUCAACUUCACGUAUUUUCUUGACUGAUUUUGCAUUUUCCGCUUUUUACAAUCAUUUUUAAGCAAAUAGAAACGUAUAUGAAUACGAAAAAUCACAGAAGACAUCGAUAUAUAAUUAUUAUCUUAGGAAUUGCCAGCUAGGUACUCCAUACAAUUUUUUGGAAUAUUUUCCAUACAGCAUAAUUCAUUGAAUUUAUCUUUAAUGAAAUCUUAUUAUCGCUGCAUUAAUUAAUAUUUUGUCCAAUAUCUGCAUUUACAAAUUGUAAUUUGAAAGUCAAAAUGACGAUAUGAACAACAAAGUGUUCAAAUUUAACAAAGCCAUCUAUUUGAAAAAGUUGACAAGGAAGUAAUAAAAAUAAUUACUAUUCUUUUAUUACCAAAAUGAUGUUGAAAUAUUAUUUUAUUAUUAUUUCAACAUAUUAAAAUGUGGUAUGGCUUGCAAAUUAUGAAAAAUGAGAUUUUGGUCAAAAUGAAAUAAGUGCCAUGUGCCAGAACAGCGUGAACAUACAAUACAAAUAGUGAAAUAGUAAAUUUAGUCAAAAUAGACCGGGUUUCAGUUAAGCCAUAUGCAUUUAGAAAGUUAUAUUUUAGAUAGCGUAAGACAAAAACGGCUAAGUUGCAAAUUAUAUUGAAACAAUGGAGGUAUUACCGAAAAACUACUGAUUGUGGACACUUUGAAAAUAUCACUUAAUUCAUCAAAAUACUUCAUUGAUCUCAAUGGAAUGAUUAUGAUGAAAUAAAUUGAAAGGUGAAAUCAAUUAUACCAGUUGAAUACCAGUGAUAUUAAAUAAAAAAUAUAAAGAAAAUGAAAUAAUAUAAAUGUUUAAAAAUUACGAGUUUGACAAGAUAGGUUAUUCUUAAUCCAGAAAAGGAACUGAUGCAAGAUAAGGCAAGUCAAUGCAAUUGCUUCGAAAGUCUAAAAAAACACAAUAAUUUUGGCAAAUAUUUUGAUCUCGGAUAUUCAAUUGUAAUUCUUCUUAUAACUUUAAAGAUUUUUUUUAGAUUCUGGUACAAACUUUUAAUUCCUCGCUAUUUUGGAAUUUAUGAUGAAUGGAAUCCGCAAAUUAAAAAAAAAAUUAAAAUUGGGAUCAGAAUGAACAAAAAUGUUUGAGCAGCAACUAGUAAAACUUAUGCAACAGCUAAAUCACAAUGAAAUAAAAUAAAUAUUCUACAUUAAAACAAAACCCGCCAGUAAGUUAAUAAAAAAUAAAUUAAUACACAAAAGUGAAAAUAUAGGUACUUAAUUCUGAGAGAGAAUAUUUCGCAGAUUAUUUUCAUUAUUUCAUCUGAACGGAUUUUAUGAAAAUAAAAUUUUCCUUAUAGAUAAAAUCACAAAGCCUGGUCCAAAUAAAAUUUCAAACCGAGGUGAAUGAACUUAGAGAGCUAGAUUACACAAAAUGGUGGAUUGAGGUGUUAAAAAUAAACGGUAUUCCGCACCAAAAAUCUUAAAUGAGAAUAAAUCACACAACGAUUAAAUCGUUUGAUUUUUUUGAUGAUAAUAUGUGAACAUUUAUUUACAUUUGUCAACGUAAGGUAAUAAAAUAUUGGUACUUUCUGAUGAAUAUUAAUGUUAAGAGACUAUAGAAAACACACAAACACACACAUGAAUAUACAGAUUGAAUAGAACAACACUAUCACUACCUAGC